UAUGUACUGAUGGAAUUUUAUAAAACGAUACAUUUUAUGCCAUUAUUAGGCAAGAUAAAAUACAACAACAAUUCAAGUAUUUACCAAGGUCUUUAUACUAUAUGAAUCAAUGAAUACUUAAUAUUUCAGCUGGGUUACAAUUGUUACAACACAGGUGUAUCUUUUCAACACCUUAUGGAGGCGCUGUUUAAAAAAAAUCAGGGUUAAUCCAUCAUAUUCCAUGUAAUCCAUGUAAUCAUGCAUAAAGUCAUUACCUCUCCAUAAAAGCAGAAUUCGAGGUAGGAUGGAGAAGGCUGAGCCACUUUCUUUCUCCAAGAGUUUAACUUACAGAGCUGAAGGACAUAAUGGACUUGUUUUGUCGCAUAAGUACAACAAGGUGGUUUAUCGCUUAAAGAAAACAAACAGAUUAGAAGAAAAAUCGUCUCAGGUUACUGUGCAUGACGAGGGAAAGGAUCAACUUCAGCAGGGCGUGGACUACAUCUAUAAAGUCCUCCAUCCCCUAGUGGGCAAUGAGUAUGUUAAACCCGUGAAAAUUGUGAGUUUGGAGGAAGGGCUGGUUGAUAAAGUCAACACAGAGUUUGUAAGGAAGCGACCUGGAUAUCGUCUCGAGAAAGUGGUUGACCCCUCAUGCCACUAUGCCUUACAAAUGCACGAUGCCUGUUUCAUUCCAAAGAGCACGUCUAGUCAUCCUACGUUCAGUGUGGAAAUUAAGCCAAAGGUUGGAUCAAUGCCGAUCAGAUCACAAACACCUGGUAUGAACCCGCUCAAGUAUUCAUGCUGCAGAUACUGUAUGCAUCAGUACCAAAAGUUAGCAACGAAGAAAUGGACCGAAGUCAGCAAGUAUUGUCCAAUCGAUUUAUUCUCAGGGGAUCCGAGACGGAUGAAACAUACAUUAAAAAAUCUUAUUGAGAUUCCGCAGAAUAAUUUACGAAUUUUUAAGAAUGGUAAAACUAUACUCAGUGAAGACACUAGACGGGAUUUAGAGUGUAUUCUCAACGAAGAUUUAAUAGACAAUACACCUGAUCAAGACGGUGUCGAUGAACUCAUGAGUCUUGUGGUGCAAGCGCUGAGACAUUCAAAAGAGACAGAACGUGGGACAAGUCGUUCUAAGCAAGCUUGUUGGAUGAGCAACUACCAACAAGCUAAAGAUCAUCAUUCAGUCAUCGCAGAAGACGUAUCAUUGCCGAAAGGAUGUGUCCUAGAUCGCAUUCUCCAGAUUCAGUUACUAGACGACCUAGGUAUCGAACAGCUGCAUAAAAUGUAUCAAAAUCUAGAAGAAAAAAGUCAGCUUGAUCAGUCCAGUGAUUUAUAUGGCCUGCACAAUCCUGACUAUGACACAUGGACGAUCACAUCCAUACCUCAGCCUACCGCAAUAGAUAUAGAUUACCAUUCGUAUAUGGUGCAAAAGGUAAAAGAAUACAUGGUGUCUGCCACACUGAAAGAUUGCUCAAUUCUAGUUGCUGUGCAACGGGUUGACCCAGGGGAAAAACUCAACAAUAACAACGUGGUGCUCGAAAGGAACGGGAAAUAUUACAGGUUUUCCGUGACCAUCAUCGACUUGGACAUAAAGCCGCCGGAGAAGGUGCCAGAUCAUUACAAACUUGAACAGACGAUCCUCAGCAUCAUUGAAUCACGUUUGGACAUUCUGGCCAUGUUGGAGAAGAAGGGAUUGGAUUUUAGCAACGGGAAGAUUAACAACAAGAAGUCACAUAUCGGGGCUAAUCAUAUACAGUAGAACCUCCCUGAUAAGGACACCUUUGGGACUCUCAUAUGCUGUCCUUAAUACAGAGGUCAAAUUGAAUUGAAACAACCAAUUUGGAACCAAAUCCAGCGUCCUUAAUAGAGAGGGUGUCUUAAUAGAGAGGUGUCCGGUAAGGGAGGUUCCACUGUAAUGUAAAAACCUGGUAUAUUUACGUGUUGUUUAUUUUUAUGUUUUCGAUAUAUAGCCAGGCGAUUACCGUCGGCUACAUUACGCCAGUUUUCGAGACUCGCACGGUGCAAGAUUCCUCUGUACAUUUUAUGUUAAGAAAAAACAACAGUUCCGACAAAAGUAAUGUAUUUUUUGAUUGCAUCAUUAUUUGAUUCGCAUCAUAUUUGAGAGCUUGAAUGAAUGAUAUAGAAUUUUAUAAUAAGGUAAUUUGGUUUUAUGUUGGUUCUCCUUAUUCAAUGACUAGUGUACAUUGUUUGGACUGUGAUUCACACCUCUAUUUAUUGGCGACCCAAGACACGGAUCCAGGAUCCAGAAGGUACCAGGCGCUUGAGUUGCCUGUUUCCAGAUAAGUGCCUCUUACAGUGGAGUAGCCAAACCUUCGCCGAGUUAUGGGAUCAGCCUCUGUCGAUUUCAAUGUCACGACUGACGUCGUGUCGGAAACACUAAAGACUGACCUGACCCCAUAAGUCUGCCAUUUUGUAUCAUCACAAACUACCUAACCACUAGGGUAUGAUGAUCAGGCGAAUGGGUAACUAUACCAAUUCCAGUUCAUUAUCAUCUUCCUAACUAAUGUCCAUAACCUCUGGUGGCCUGUAUGUUUUUUUGCUAUACACUUCUGAUAUCAGUAUGUAUGUGGUGCCAGUCUUAUUUUUACUUUUUGACAGAUUGUAUUGAUUCAUAUAUGUAUAACUUGCCUACAUGGACAUGGAAAAAGCACAUGUUUACCAACUUUUUUGCACAGGAAAUUGACUUGUUACCAUUCUGCCCCUCGUACAAUCCUGUCUACCUUAUGGUGUCUAUUGAGAAUGUUAAUAACAUAUCGUUUGACGAUCUCGUUUUCAAAUUCCAUGAUUGUUUUGCCUAUCAACAUAAAGGCCAAGUCAAUUUGGAGUUUUUAUUUACUGUAAAUUUGUUGCUUAAUGCUAUUUUGAAAAAACGAAUGCCAUGAAAAUGCUAAAUCUUUUGGUGGAUGUAGGUGCUUGGUUUAUUGGUGGAAGCAAGCAUUAAUAAACAGUAGUCCUUAUAGAUUCUUGGUGGCAGAGAUACUAGUGUAUGCUUUCAUUCCUCAAGGCGCUUUUCUGUAGCACUUGAAGGUUAAAUCAGUUCAAUGGAUUUACUCAAAUUGUCUACAGUUUCACCGUUGUCCACAAUGGCUUCUUCAGGACGGAUGCUCUAAUUGGCCAGUCUUGCAACAUCAUGUGAGUCAGUUAAGCCAGUCCUGAACAAAGCCAAUGUGGACAACAGUUCUUCUCUGUCAGCGUUUGUUCAGCAUUUUGAGGGAGUAUUCCUCCUCCAAGGCGAGAUAAUCUUUUUUUAAGCGUGCCGCUACGGUUAAUACUUAGGUGCCAAUAAGGUUUACUGACCUGAUGACUCUAUCUUCGACCUGAGGUAUUUAAAGGCUACACAAGCUACUCAUGUUUCUCGCUUGAUGGGGAAAGAACGUCGGUUUUAAGUCUCAUUUUAAGGACUGACAAGUGCCAGGACUUUUAGUUCCUUGAAAGCCAUGCCGGUUGAUUCAGAAAUAUCAUCCUGGGUUCUCCCUAAUAUCGAACCGAGGCCCCUCUACUUAGUAGCCAGCAGUGUAUACCACUGAAGGCUAUCAGGCUCCUCUGAGAACAACAUUAAAACUGUUACAAUUUAUUUGCAAAUCCAAAUCCAGUGAUUUAACUUUCAAGUUAUAUUGGUGGAAGAGGGGUUGCUAGUUAGACAUUAAAUGUGCUUUUCAAAAACAGCUUCCGGACUUGGGUUUUAGCUGAGCUGGCCAAGAGCUCAAGUGACGUCAGCAUGUCAGCCAAGAUUAUCUUCUCUGCAUCACGGUCUCCUAUCAAAUGAAUACACAGGUUACGCCUUACAAUAAACUUGCCCAAAUCUUUCCAAAACAAAUUAUAGGGGGGUACAAGCCAGGUAAUUAGACGACCUUCGAAUAACUUUUAACAAAGGUAGUUAGAGGAAUGAAAAGCACUCAUUUCACCCCUCUUUUAGACCAGCCACAAAAGAUUCUGGCGAGUUGUUGUCGUGUGUAACUGGUAUAUUCACUGUGAUUGGCCAUUGUAUACAUGCCGUGACAAUUAUUCAGGAUGUCAACGUGCCAGUAUUGUAUUUUGGCAAACAGUCUCAGUAUUGUGAGUUUUUAAGUAUUUUCAUAAGAGUGUUGUACUGAGGUAAAGAAUAAUCUAGAAUAAUUGAUAGGAUUGUUUUUUUCAUGUGUUUAGUGUCAUUACUAAUUGAGUGUGUUUUAAGUUGGGUUAUCAUUUGCAGUGCCUAAUUUCAUGUUUAUAAAGGGUCUUUGCCCCUUUUGCAAAUUACAAAUAUUUUUUGGCCAAACAGCGUGAAAAUAUACUGGGUUAUUUCUAGUUAGGGCAUGUCUCAGUAUUACCAGUACUAAAUAAAUAGUCUUGAUGAGAAGAAGAUAUUUGCUGAUA